AUGGCUCGUCUAACAAUCUUGGCUGGACUGUCUCUUUUGAUGUGUCUCCAGAUGGUGUCUUCUACCAAACUGGUGUGCUACUUCACAAACUGGUCCCAGUAUAGACCAGGUGCUGGAAAAUAUCUGCCUGCAAAUGUAGAUCCCAAUCUCUGCACACACCUGAUCUACGCCUUUUCAAUAAUCAACCCUUCUAACGAGCUGGUGACCUACGAGUGGAAUGAUGACGUUCUCUACAAGUCCUUCAAUGAACUUAAGAAUAGAAACCCCCAGCUGAAGACUCUGCUGGCUGUUGGGGGGUGGAACUUUGGAUCAUCACAAUUUUCCAUCAUGGUUACAUCACCAUCCAACCGUGAGAGAUUCAUCCAGUCUUCAAUCAGAUUCUUGAGACUGCAUGGCUUUGAUGGGCUGGACCUGGACUGGGAGUAUCCUGGUGCACGAGGAAGCCCACCAGAGGACAAGAAGAGGUUCACACUGCUCUGCCAGGAACUACUCGCUGCCUUCGAAAAAGAAGCAGCUGAAACCAACAAACCACGUUUGCUGCUUACAGCUGCAGUGGCUGCAGGGAAGGGAAACAUCGACAAUGGUUAUGAGAUUGCAGACGUCUUGAAAUUCCUAGACUUUAUAAAUGUCAUGACCUACGACUUCCACGGAGCAUGGGACCCGUUCACUGGUCACAACAGCCCUCUGUUCCGCAGCUCUUAUGAUCAGGGCGACAACAUCUUCUACAAUGUGGACUUUGCUUUAAAAUAUUGGAGAGACCAAGGUGCUCCUCUUGAAAAGCUCAUAAUGGGAUUCACUACGUAUGGACGCACAUUUCGCACAUCAUCAGCAGCUAACGGCGUUGGGGCAUCAACCAGCGGACCAGCCUCUGCCGGGCCCUACACCCGUGAAGCUGGGUUUUGGUCUUAUUAUGAAAUUUGUACUUUCCUCCAAGGAGCCAGUCUCCACUGGAUUGAUGAACAAAUGGUUCCCUAUGCCUUGAAAGGAAAUGAGUGGGUUGGGUUUGAUAACAUGCAAAGCUAUGCAAUCAAGGUGAAGUAUAUGAAAGAUAACAAAUUUGGGGGAGCCUUCAUCUGGUCUCUGGACCUAGAUGAUUUUAAUGGACAGUUCUGUGACCAGGGAAACUAUCCCCUCAUUAGUUAUCUGCGCGCUCUGCUGGAUUCAGAUAUUCCACCCCCACUGCCUGGAACCACACGUCCUCCAGCGGUUACUACACACCACCCAGGCUCAGACAGCAGCACAGCUGCCAGUGCUCCAACAACUACCAUUGCCAAAACAACGACCACGGGUGUCUCUGGAAGUGGUUUCUGUUCUGGGAAGGUUGACGGCCUCUACGUGAAUGACAAUAACCGCAACUCCUUUUAUCAGUGUUCUAACGGAAACACAUACCUCCAGCUGUGUUCAGCUAAUCUUGUGUUCAGUAAAAAAUGCAACUGCUGUGAUUGGGCUUAA